UAGCAUCAGUUGCUUUGCUUCCACAACUGCUACACGCUCCAGCCAUGUUUCGUGCCUGCCUUGUCCUCGCCCUGGCCUCCUGUGCCUUCGCCGGCUACGUCGGCUACCCGUACACCUACUCCGUGGGUGCUCCGACCUACGCUGCCUACCACGCCCCCGUAGCUGCCGUGUCCACGGUGCACCACACUCCGGCUUUCACCUACGGCUACGGGUAUCCUGGCUACCACUAUGGUCUCGGCAGCUACGGUCUGAGCUACGGAUACGGGCUUGGUGGACUCGGCUACACAACCCUGCUGAAGAAGUAGUCCUCGAGUCGAAGACGACAGAGUCAAAAUGCAAUAAAAGAAUUGCAAUCGCGAAAAGAAAUAA